AAAAUAGUUAUUAAAAAUUUAUAGUCAGUAAAAAGGGAGCUAUAUCAAGCCAAAUCAAAUAAUUUCAACGUAAACAUAUCAAAGAUACAACAAUAACAAAAACAGCGACUUACACAUAUCCUAUUGUUGUACAUAUCAUACAAUAACGUAGCCAGCGUUCGUUCUUAUACGCAAUUUCUAUUGAAACGCAAAGUGCAAUAAACAAAGUAAAAGGUGCUCUGGCAUGAGCAAGAAGAACCCAUCCGUUAGAUAUUUUCCGUUUGAUUACAAAUAGAAUUCAUGUGAAAUCGAAGAAAAUCGGGAAAGAAAGGCCGCUCGCAUGCAUCGUUCAUAUUCAGCUACUGCUCAAGAAAUGAAAUAGUAAUAAUAUAAAAAAGGGAAAAAUUAAAAUUCAAAGCACGUAAUAAUCGCUCACUGCUGCAGUGGUUAACAUUCGUUUAUUGAAUGUGUCGUUACAUUCUUUCGCUGCUAGUAGUAGUAGUAGUAGUAGUAGUAGUAGUGUAGUACUAACAAGAACAACACACAUAUCCAUCUGUAAACAAUAUACAUAUAAUACAUAGCUGGCUGUCUGUCAGUCAGUCUAUCGACAUAGCUAAGAAAGCAAAUCAGGCGAAUAAACAAACGGGCAAGCAAACCAAGCGCACGAGAAACAGGGUAACAGAAACAAGCACCGUCUUACAUACUUACAUGCAUUUUUGAUCGAGAACGCUGUGUAAAAAUAUAUCGUGAAUAUUAAAAAUAAAAAAAAUAAAAAAAAACCUUUCAAUCUAUUUGCGCACACGCAUAUACACACACGAGCCGACUCUUCAAACCCAUAACGAUACACGAUCUUAUACAUACGUAAUUCGAGCUCAUAUGUGUGUAUCUCUGAACAUACGCCAAAGUCCGUAAAAAAAAAAAAAAAAAAUCAGCAACAAUAACAACUACAACAACAACAACAACGACAACAACGUUAGCAAACGUGGUCGAAGUAAAACAUCGAGAAUAACAAUAAUUCUUGUCAGUUCUAAGAGCUGUCUUAUAAUUAAUGCGGCCAUUGUAUGUGAGCAGUUUACAUUGUUUUGUUGUUGUUAUAAUUCGAAUAUAACCUAGUGCCGCAUGUUCAACGUCCAUCUCUGUCUACGUCUUAGAAGAGAGCAAUGUUACUAUGUGUUUAUAUAUAAAUUAAGAAAAAAAAAGAAAAAAAAUUUUUUCUUCUAUGUGAAAGGACGUAAUAACAAGCGAAAGCUAACCACGAAAGCAAAUUCAAAAAGGAAUUUUUCUAGUUGUGUGCGCAUAAUUUCUAAAGUUAUUGGAAACUAAAUAAAAAUCAAUUCUUAUAAGAUCGUGGGACAAAGUUUUCCUCUAAAAGCAUUGAAUUUGAUGGAUUAAGAAUCCGAUGACUUCUUUCAAUUACGGAAACGUUUUAUUACAACGUUAAAUACAUAUGCACGCGCAUGCCAGAAAUGAAAAAAAGCAGAAAAAUAUACGUAAACAAAACCUGAUUUUGCGCGCUUACAACACAUAUCAUUCAUGUUAUACAAGUGAAUUGUAACGCUCUAGUGAUAAACCGUGAUUAUUUUAAUAGUCAAAAAGGAGAAAAAUAAGUCAAAGUUUGCCUUGAAACGUCGUGUGAUUUGCUUUACCUUUAAUGAAAUAAAGCAAUUUAUUCUUAAGUGUAGUUAUAUAUUAUAUACCUGAAAGGCACCGGCUUUAAGAAUAAUAACAGGUCGGUAUUAAGUGGCCAACUUACGAAUAAAAUAAACAAAAAAAGUCUAUUAAAGCGAAUAAUGCAAAUAGGAUAAGAUCGAUGUUACCAACAUAUUUAAUGUCUCUCCAUGAAAUUUCAAAGCGAGAAGAAAGAACUAUGGCGUUAUGCGUCAAAAAACUUACAAGGGCCUGUCGGUGGGACGAAGAAGUCACCACUGCUGCAUCGCCUUCAACAUCAACGCCUCCUUCAAUCAGAACAGAAAGGGAAUCAAAAUCAUUCGUGCAACAAUGCUUAUGCGAACGACUCGGGGGAGGCGAGAUCGAUCAGUACUCCCCCGCCACCUUACAGUUCAAUACCCGAAUUAAACGUUUCGCGAACGAUGGAUUAUCAGGACGACAAUUUUCAAAAUCAUUCGUCUGCGAUAAAUGGAGACGCGGAAGUUUCGAUGUCAGCUACAGAAUCGGAAAUGAAUUGCUCUCAGAUAUGUGGCAUCAGCAAAGGUGGUUACGAUAUCGUAAAUACUGGCGACAUAAUGCUCGCCAACAAUUACGAAAAUCUGAACGAGAUAAGCACCGGCAGCAACAGUGUUUAUCUACCGCCAUCAGAACAGCAGAAGAAACUGCGCCGUAUAUCGCCUAUAAAAAAAUCAAUCAAUUGCGACUGUUCACCCUCCUCUCAAACAAUCACCUCGAGCAACUCAACAACAACCGGCUUGUUUGCUGCGACGGCAGCAAAAAUUCUUCGCAAUUGCUGUGGCGGUGGUUUUGGAUCAACGAACAGCGAAAGCAUUACGAACAGCAGCGACAACAACAAUUCGUGCAACAAAAAUCGUGUAAUAGAAAUGCAAACAGACUUAUCACAUCCAUCCAAAGCUCAACCACCGGAACAAUAUUUCAAUGCCUUGAUGAAACAAUUGAAAGCCAGUCAAAUUACUUUAUUGUUAAAAGCGGUGAAAGCUCGCCACGAAUCCCCCGAAUUCUUGCAAUCGAACCUGAGCUCAACCUCCCGAAAUACUGUGCACACCUUUCAAGCGAAUUGCAUUCUCACCCAACGCGCAUUAAUACUCGGAGAAGAGCCCUAUCUUAUCGCGUGCCGUUUAUUUCUUUGGCGCGAUUUAAAGAGAUCAUCCCAACUAAAACGUUUACCAGCUUGUCCAAACGAAUGCGAUCCUGUCUAUGUAUGUUGCAAUCCAUUACAUUGGUGUCGCAUACUCGAAACAGAAUCGCCACCGCCAAUCUAUCAAACACAAAAUAUGAACCAAAACGAAGGCGAAAAUACACGCAACGAAGACAACUGCAUUCUUUUAGCCAAUUCAAAACAAAGUCACAAGUCCGAGGCCAACAAAAUUUCCAGCUUAGAACAAAACCACUCCGAAAUGCAUGGCCGGUUUCCAGUACCAUUAAGCACCGGCGGUGAAGAUAAUACGUGUCCACUAAAUUGGUGUGAAAUUGCUUAUUGGGAAAUGGCACAGCGGGUAGGCGAACGCUAUCCGGCACAAGGGUCAACUCUUAAUAUAUAUUCCGAAACACCGUAUAGUGCAGAAGGUAAACCUAAAACGGGUAUGUGCUUGAAAGAUUUGGUUGAAAAGCGUAACAUGCCCUCUCCCGAGCAUGUUCAGUAUACGAGGCAAAAGAUUGGUUUAGGCAUUACCUUGCAACGAGAGAUAGAUGGCGUUUGGUUAUACAAUCGCUCAACAGUGCCAAUAUUUUUAUAUUCGCCCACCCUAACUGAAAGUUGGUUUCGCGUUUGCCGCGUAGAGCCAGGAGACUGCAUACGAGCCUUUGACAAAUAUAGAGCUCAAACUUUAAUAUAUCCCGCUCAAUUUCCUGGUGUCCAAAUUGGACCCAUUGACACGUUCAGUAUGCGUAUCAGUUUUGGAAAAGGUUGGGGAUACUCUUACAAGCGUCCAGACAUUACACGUUGUCCGUGCUGGCUUGAAGUUCUAUUUACACCACAACGGUGACAG